AUGCCGCAAGACAUGGAGAACAAGUGUUGUGGGCGAAGAAAUUGUGUUUCGCAAACAAGGCGCUUUCGAAAACUUUGCUUAGACGCAAAAUAUUUACUGCUUUGUGCCAAAAAUACAGCAGAUAUCCCCAAUGACAGACAGGACAGUAGUAGCCGUACUUUCCGCAAGGCUGCAUAUAGAAACUAUAUUUUAGACACCCAUGGUUACCUUGGAAAAAGGAAGAGGAAAGUUGUUCCCUCUUGUUGUGUACUUUGCAUUCGCCGACACUACCCUUCUGCGACGGGUAUAUAUAUGGGGUUCCGACAGCAAUGA